AUGUUUAAGUGGGUUCAAUCAGGACUAUCAGCCGUCGCUGGUACGGCAGAGCCAGAGUACGGACCAGACGCGAUUCAACCAGUUACCAAGGACUUAGACCUCAAGAAACCUUGGACUCCUCUUACUGAAGAUGACCUAAAGUGGCAAUAUCCAGAGCAUACUCAUGUUGAGACUCAGACGUUCUACUUCAACUCUGCAGACACUGGAUACCUUGGAUUUGCCCAAGUCAUCCAUAGUAACGUUGUAGGAUUGCACACCAACGCACAAUUCACUUUUAAGAUCUUCCACAAGGACACACCCGAAGACUUUGUUUGGACAAGCACCGGAUUGGAGAAUUUUAGAGUUGAGGGUCCAAACUUUUUUGCUGACCAUUUGAGUAUUAAGCUUAUAGAUGACAAGACGUAUCACUUGAAGAGUUUGGUCAACCCCGAAUCCAUUGUCGAUCUUACUAUCACUCGUUUGACUGACGGCGUAAAAUUUGGUAAAGAUGGUACUACUUAUUACGGUGAAGACCCAGAAAACCCAUGGGGAUCUAUGAGACAUAUUUUUUGGCCCAGAUGUCAUGUAAAGGGUAAGAUCCUGCUUGAAAAUAAAUCUGAAGAUAAAUCAAGCGAGUCAGAUGAGUUUAUUGAACGGCCCAUAGAGGGUAUUUCCAUGUACGUCAUGGCAUUACAAGGAAUGAAACCUCACCAUGCAGCAGCUACUUGGAACUUCUUGAAUUAUGUGUCCCCAGAUUACUCUGUUGUUAUCAUGGAGUUCACUACUCCCCCUUCUUAUGCAACUACCAAAGUAACCGUUGGUAUCGUUUCCAACAACGAGAAAGUGGUGCUUAGCUCGAUAAAUAAUGAGACAAAAUACAUUGACAGGGUUGUUGAUGACGUUACCGGAUGGAGCAUUCCUACAUCUAUCGAGUUUGACCUCUCUGGAUACGAAGGCGAUUCGCAAUUGAGAGUGGUUGUCAAGGGAAAGCUUGAAAAGUUGAGCGAGAGAGUGGAUGUGAUGGCUGAGAUUCCCCAGUUUGUCAAAAACAUUGUCAGUGGUAUUGCUGGCACCAAGCCCUUCAUUUACCAGUUCAACAACCCAUUCACUUUCACCCUCGCAAAAGAUGGAGAAGAGAUUGUGUCCGAAGAGGGUAAUGGUUAUAACGAGGCAACCUUCAUCACGGAAAUCUAG